AUGCACAGGUCGUUGCAGCGAUUCCGGCGGAAGCAGACGGCAAGGCCGUCGUUCUCGCAGGGCAGCGAGACCGGGACGCUGUACGUGGGCGUCUCGCCGCCCAAAGUGUACUCGCCCUCUGCCGUUCUGGAGACCCUGGCGGCGGCGCUGGGGUCGCGGGAGGCGGCCAGCCAGAUGCUCUCGCAGUCGACGCUGAGCCGCGGCCACCUCGCACCCUCCGGAGACUUCAUCCUCAACACCCAGCAGCACGCGUCCUUCUUCUACGCCAACGCGGCGCCGCAGUGGCAGACAUUCAAUCACGGGAACUGGCUGUCCGUCGAAUCGGCGCUGCGCAACCACGCUCAGCGCCUGUCCCUGGAUCUGGAGGUUUGGACUGGGACACACGGCGUGCUGUCGCUGGAUGACACAGAGGAGCUGUACUUGGCGGGGGGCCGCCGCAUUGCGGUACCGCUGUUCUUCUGGAAGCUGGUGCACGACCCGCGGUCGGGCACAGCAAUAGUCUUCGUGGGGCUCAACAACCCAUUCGCGACGUGCAAGGCGGUGCAGGUGCUGACGCAGGUGUGCCCCGAAAACGUGUGCACCAAAGCGGGCUGGGCGAGGCGCAACUGGGACCGACCCAGCAAGGGGCUCAUCACCUGCUGCUCUGCCCAAGAGCUGGCAGCCGCCGUGCCGGGGGUGCCACAGGUUAACGCCACAGGGCUCUUACGUGGGCCACGCGCCUGA